GUAACUUGAUACGAGAGAAGCAGACGUCACAUAAUGUGAUCUUGUGGCACAUUAAAUCCUGACUUGAGAUCGAGACCAGUCACAUUGUGGCACACACUGCAGGAAACAAAGCCGAAAUGAAAGCCGCCCUGAUUUUACUCUCCCUUAUGGGCUUUACCUCCUGCUCAGAAGCACUGCAAUGUUUUCAGUGUUCAAACGCUGCUUCAAAUUUUGAUUGUAUACUGAAAGGAUUUGCGAGUUGCUCUUCAGGAAUGUGCUAUACAAGUGUUGCUUCUGCAGGUGGCAGCACCACCAUCAAUAAAGGAUGUUUGAACGGGGCGACCUGCACUGCCGGAUCAGUCCUCGGCAACAUCAACAUCGGAGUGGCCAGCACAUCCAUGCAGUGCUGCUCUACAGACUUCUGCAACUUUAAUGGCUCCACAACUGCCAGGGUUAACCUUGUGCUCCUCGGAAUCUCCAUCCUUGUUAUUUACUUUGUGGGAAAGACCACCAUUUGAAAACCAGGUCUGAGGAGUAUAACUGGAAAUGGCAGGCCUUGCUAAAACAUUUCUUCCAUUUUGAUAUUUAGAAAGUUACUGUGAUUGGUAUUUAUGGAAAAAAAUCUAUACAUUACAUUAUCUAUAUAUUAUAUAUUAUCUAUACAAAAAGCUAUACAU